AUGGAUGAAAAUUCUCCAUUAAUUCGACGUAGCAAGUCGGUAGCAGGUUAUAAUCGAAAUUUAACGAAUUCUUCUAAUAGCAAUAGACAACAGAAAACAUUUAAAUCACCCGAAAGGUAUUCAAUUACAAAGAGACCUUCCAUACAUUCUAAUUUAUUAUCCGUAACAAUUGAUUAUGAUCAAAUCUCUGAAGAAGAUGAAACGUGGGUAAAAAGUCAAAGGGAUUUUAUUAAGAAUGCCGAAAAAAAACCUAGUAUUAGACAGAGGCUCGCUUAUGAAUGUGAUUUAGGAAAAAAAGGAAGGAUUUGGGAACUUUUUGAUGCCUUCUUAUCUGUACUUUUUAUUUCCUUUUAUAUUUUUUUUCUUCCUCGCGUUUGGUUGGCGAAAGAUCGUUUACAAUAUGUGACAAGUCCUCUUGCCAUUGCGACCUGGAUUGCUGUGUUUCCCGUGAUCGCGGCUUUUAUAACCUAUUAUUUCUUUGUUAAGGAAAUGGAUAGAACCUACAUGGACGUUAACGGAUUUGUCUAUAUCUACCCAUUACGCUUCAUUCGUGCCAAUUUGUCCGUACAAAUAUGUUUUAAUCCUGUUAAAAGUUCGUUAUUCAAAAUAUCUAAACUUUUAAGGAAAGGUCUCAGGAUAGGCACUACGAUAUUAUUCGCAAUCCUUGUUGUUGCUGCAUGGGUUCAUAUUAUAACAUAUAAUCAAGAGAUACCUAAAAGUAUAGAUUAUUUUGAUGCAGUUUGGUUCACAGUAGGCAUUACAAGCGGUAUGAGUACAAAUAUUGUUGCAGAUAAUUUUUGGCUUAAACUAGUCAUCCUGUAUAUUAUGAUAAUGGCCGCCAUGUUCAUACCAACAUAUUUAACUGAACUUAUCAGUUUGAUUCAACAAAAAUCAAAGUAUGACCAUUCGUUUAAACCAGGAAAGAAUAUCGAACACAUAAUAAUCUCUGGAAGCUUUGAUUCGACGAGUUUAUUUGAAUUUUUACGCGAAUUCUUUUGCCAAGAUCAUGGAAUGUCCACUAUGAAUACUGUUGCGGUGAUUUUGAAUCCGGAAGAGCCUGAUGAUGAUACUGCACUGUUACUGGAUGAUCCUGCAUUUGUCAAUAGAGUUCAAUAUAUUAUAGGGUCACCUGCAUUUCGUAGAAGUCUCGAAAAAGUUAAAGCAGACGAAGCUUGUGCCGCAUUUUUGUUAGCUCCAAAAUAUUCAAAGAACAGCGAUAAAGAUGAUGCCGCGCAAAUAAUGUGGUCUUUGGCUUUGAAAAAAUAUAAUCGAAAACUGCCGAUUUAUGUUCAAGUUCUUUUACCGGAGAAUGUUCCUCAUUUUGACUUACUAGCAAAGGAUAUUUUAUGUAUUGAUGAAAUCUCCAUGGGUCUAAUGGCGCAGAGUUUGGUUACACCUGGAUUCGCUUCUCUAAUUGUGCUUCUUACCACAUCUAUUACGGAACAAAUUGCACGUGAAUUGGAGAGAGAUGCAAAAUAUACUAAAGGAACAGCUGGUUGGGCGAUUGAAUAUAUUAAUGGUGCUCAACAUGAAAUAUAUGCUGCCACUCUUUCAGAUUAUUUUACCGGAAAGACAUUUUUAGAAUGUUCGGAAAUCAUAUAUACCCAACUAGAAGCCACUUUAUUUGCUAUUGGAUCCGUAAAGAGUCAAUUAGGCAUAUUACUAAACCAUUCUUACCCAUUUCAAAUAUUUUUAAAUCCUUGUGAUUAUGUAAUUAAAGGAAAUGAGAUCGUAUUUGUUAUAUGUGACAACGCCGAAAUAACGGUAAGACUGGCUCAUUUCAAUACAUAUGAUCACAAAGCAAAAAAUUGGACACAGGACAUGGAAUCUUUUAUUAGACAACCAGUGCACAAAUCGAAUGAUGAUGGAUGUUUUUCUUCUAAUGAUGCUAUUAGUGCAUCGACAAACCAGUCUAAACUUAAAAGACGAAAGUCUUUAAACCAAGAAGAAAGCAGGAUACAGAUGCCGACACUAUCAGAUAAUACACAUGUUUUAUUAGAACCAAGGACAACUGCUUUACGCGUGGAAAUUUUAAAACAUAAUAUUGACAUGGCCAAGGCCAAUUGUGAUGACUUACUAAUUGAUCCACAAAUUAAAAAUAUAGAAAACCACGUGUUAAUUUGUGAUUAUGGUGAUAAAUUUCCACUCAAUUUAGACAUUUUCAUAGCAGUGCUUCGUGAAAACCAUUCAAAGUGUCAUAAUAUGCCAGUGGUUAUCCUUUCAAAUAGUCAACCAUCAGAGUUGCAGAAGAGAACACUAGAAAAAUUUAAGGAUGUGUUUUUUGUUCAAGGAUCACCUUUAAGACGGUAUGAUCUUUUCCGAGCUAGAGUUCAUUUUGCGAAAAAAUGUGUAGUGUUGAGUGGCAUGACAAACAAUUACGA